CGGAAGUCCCACCUGCGCCCGACGGCGGAAGUUCCGGGCGUGCCCAGUCCCCGCGUGCUUUCGGCAGCCGGCAUGGCGCACUACAACUUCAAGAAAAUUACGGUGGUGCCGUCCGCCAAGGACUUUAUUGACCUGAUGUUGUCGAAGACUCAACGAAAGACUCCAACUGUUAUUCAUAAACAUUACCAAAUUCAUCGCAUUAGACAUUUUUACAUGAGAAAAGUCAAAUUUACUCAACAGAAUUACCACGAUAGACUUUCACAAAUUCUAACAGAUUUCCCUAAGUUGGAUGACAUUCAUCCAUUCUACGCUGAUUUGAUGAAUAUUCUGUACGACAAAGAUCACUACAAGUUGGCUCUGGGGCAAAUAAAUAUUGCCAAAAAUUUAGUGGACAAUGUUGCUAAAGAUUAUGUGCGGUUGAUGAAGUACGGCGACUCUCUCUACCGCUGCAAGCAGCUGAAGCGUGCGGCCCUGGGGCGGAUGUGCACCGUGGUCAAGAGGCAGAAGCAGAGUCUGGAGUAUUUGGAGCAAGUGCGUCAGCAUUUAUCCCGUUUGCCAACCAUUGAUCCAAAUACCAGGACUCUGCUUUUGUGUGGGUACCCAAAUGUUGGCAAGUCCAGCUUCAUCAAUAAGGUGACGAGAGCAGAUGUGGAUGUCCAGCCCUAUGCGUUCACAACCAAGUCUCUGUUUGUUGGUCACAUGGAUUAUAAGUAUCUGCGUUGGCAGGUUGUAGACACUCCUGGGAUCCUGGACCACCCUCUAGAGGACAGGAACACCAUCGAGAUGCAGGCCAUCACCGCCCUGGCCCACCUCCGUGCUGCCAUCCUGUACGUGAUGGACGUGUCUGAGCAGUGUGGGCACGGGCUGAGGGAGCAGCUGGAACUCUUCCAGAACAUCAGACCUCUCUUUGUCAACAAGCCUCUUAUAGUUGUAGCCAACAAAUGUGAUGUGAAGAGAAUAGCUGAACUUUCUGAGGAUGAUCAGAAAAUAUUUACAGAUUUGCAGGCUGAAGGAUUCCCUGUAAUAGAGACCAGCACCCUGACUGAGGAAGGUGUUAUCAAAGUUAAAACAGAGGCUUGCGAUAGGCUUUUGGCUCAUCGAGUGGAAACCAAAAUGAAGGGAAAUAAAGUGAAUGAGGUGCUGAAUAGACUGCACCUGGCCGUCCCAACCAGGAGGGACGAUAAGGAGAGGCCCCCUUUCAUCCCUGAAGGAGUGGUGGCACGCAGGAAGAGGAUGGAAAUCGAGGAGCCCAAGAAGAAGAGGGAACGAGAUCUUGAGCUGGAAAUGGGAGAUGAUUAUAUUUUGGAUCUUCAGAAGUACUGGGAUUUAAUGAAUUCGUCUGAAAAACAUGAUAAGAUACCAGAGAUCUGGGAAGGCCAUAAUAUAGCUGAUUAUAUUGAUCCAGCCAUCAUGAAGAAAUUGGAAGAAUUAGAAAAAGAAGAAGAGCUGAGAACGGCUGCCGGAGAGUAUGACAGUGACUCUGAGAGUGAAGAUGAGGAGAUGCUGGAAAUCCGACAGCUGGCAAAGCAGAUCAGAGAGAAGAAGAAGUUGAAAAUUCUGGAGUCCAAAGAAAAGAAUACACAGGGACCCAGGAUGCCUCGAACUGCUAAGAAGGUUCAGAGGACAGUUUUGGAGAAUGAGAUGCGUAGUCUUGGUGUUGACAUGGACAAUAAAGACGACGCCCACUACGCAGUCCAGGCAAGAAGAUCCCGGAGUGUCACUAGGAAAAGAAAGCGGGAAGACUCUGCUCCCCCCUCCUCUGUGGCCAGGAGUCGGAGUCGGAGUUGCUCUCGAGCUCCACGUGAUGUUUCUGGUCUUCGGGAUGUCAAGAUGGUGAAGAAAGCCAAGACGAUGAUGAAGAAUGCUCAGAAGAAGAUGAAUCGAUUGGGGAAGAAGGGGGAGGCGGAUAGACAUGUGUUUGAUAUGAAGCCCAAGCACUUGCUGUCUGGAAAGAGGAAAGCAGGCAAAAAGGACAGGAGAUAGGGCCCUGCGUUGGCGUGGCUUGGUGAGGCUGCGGCUGUUUAUUUGCUGGCUUGGUACAGUAUGGUUUCAUGACAUUGGAGUUAUCUAUAAACUGGAAAAGACAAUCAGUAAAGCACUUGUUGCUUUGCUGUGAAAACUAUGGUUAACGCUGUAUAGAUGUGGGAAAUGUUUGUCACUGUGUAAUAAUAUAAAUAUUUUGAGUAGACAGUGUUUCUACAUUUAAUGAAGUAUCUGUCAGUUGCUUCAGAUUUUCAGAACUGGGAAGAUUUACUGGUGUAACUGGGUUAUUUUUGAUGGAGAAAAACCUUAUUUUCUGUAGUAAGAGCUUGGGAGCAAACACGUUUAUGAGUGUGUCAGAAUCCCAUGCUUAAAAUACCCUCUUAAAUUAUUUUCUAGUCUUUUUGUGCAAUGUCUCAUUGUAAUCUAUCUUCAACUAUUUUAUCCAAAAUAAACCUCCAGAAGAAAGUA